CCAUCAGAGAAUCCAUGCUGGAGAGAAAUCUUAUGAAUGUAAGAAACCUGGAAAGACUUUGAGAGAGCGAUCUACUCCUGCUAAAUAUGAGAGAAUUCACAUGGAAAAACAAUCUUACAUAUGUAAUCAAUGUGGAAAGAAUUUCCAGUGUUAUGCCAAAUUGGCUCAACAUCAGAGAAUUCACACUGGAGAGAAGCCUUAUAAAUGUAAGGAAUGUGGAAAAGCUUUCAUACAUCAUCCCAGUCUUGCUAAACAUCAGAGAAUCCACACUGGAGAGAAGCCUUAUAAAUGUAAUGAAUGUGGAAAGGCUUUUACACGGAGUGACAAUCUUCAUGAACAUCAGAGAAUCCACACUGGAGAGAAGCCUUAUGAAUGCAAUGACUGUGGAAAGGCUUUCACAUAUCACUCUUAUCUUAUUGCACAUAAGAGAAUCCACACUGGAGAGAAGCCUUAUGAAUGUAAUGAAUGUGGAAAGGCUUUCAUACAGAGCUCCAGUCUUCAUAAACAUCAGAGAAUCCACACUGGCGAGAAGCCUUAUGAAUGUAAUGAAUGUGGAAAGGCUUUCAUACAGAGCUCCAGUCUUCGUAAACAUCAGAGAAUCCACACUGGCGAGAAGCCUUAUGAAUGUAAUGAAUGUGGAAAGGCUUUCAUGGAUCACUCCUACCUUGCUGUCCAUCAAAAAUCCACACUGAGAGAAGCCUUAUGAAUGUAAUGAAUGUGGAAAGGCUUUCACAAAGAGCUCUUACCUUGUAGCACAUCAGAGAAUCCACACUGGAGAGAAGCCUUAUGAAUGUAACGAAUGUGGAAAGGCUUUCACAAGGCACUCCCAUCUUGAUGCACAUAAGAGAAUCCACACUGGAGAGAAACCUUAUGAAUGUAACGAAUGUGGAAAGACUUUCACAUAUCACUCCA